AAUCACCCAUCUUCGGCUCUUUCUUUCAAGUCCUCAAAUUUUGGGCCCUAACUAUACGGACAUAUUACUCUGUUAGAAGAGUCAAAACCAUCUUUUACUUGUACGUUCAGGUUUUUACUUGCACUUGUGUACAGCGUCCUUUCUCUUUGCGGACUCCAGAGCUGUCGAAGUAUCUCUUCACUGCCAUCUCUGAUUGUUUGUAGGCAAAGGAGUUCAGGGGCACAACGAAUUCAGCGCUUUGCCCUUCAUCUUAGAUCGGGUAUUGCCUAUUACCCCUAGCGCCAUAAAAAGGCAGAGCAGCUGGAUUUUAUGGAUUUCUCUAGUAUGGCACUUCCAUUGUAUAUCUACACUCUCUUUGGAUUAGUACCUUUCUUUGCCCUUGUGCGAUGGAAAGCGUACAGGACACUUCGAAAGGCCGCACCUUCUCCCCCUGGACCUCCUGGACUACCUUUCUUAGGCACUGUUUCAAUGUUGUGGGAGAGGAAACCCUGGUUGCGUUUCAUGGAAUGGAAGGACGAAUAUGGUCCUGUCGUUCAACUGAAGAUCCUAGGUAGAACAAUCGUGGUCCUUAAUACACAUGAAGCUGCGUUCGAUCUUUUGUGCUGUCGCAACAAGAUUUAUAACGGUCGGCCACGAUCUAUCUUAAUUAGCGAGAUGAUGACUGGAGGGCUUGCGUUUCCUUUGGUGGAUUAUGGCGAGCUCUGGAAAGGGCAUCGUCGUGCUGCGCAAACCGUAUUAAGUUCGCGCGCGGUUGAACAGUAUCAUGAUAACCAAGAGCGUCACUCCGAAAGCCUAUUUUGUUCAGUGGGGUACGGAGACGCGAACAAGGACAAGGCCUCGUACCAUAUACGCAACUUCAUCGGGCGUAUCGUGCAUGCGGCUAUCCCAGGUUCUGCGGUGACAGACUUUUUCCCUUUACUAUCACGUUUGCCAAGUUGGUUGUUGCCUUCAAAAGGUCGUCAUUUAGCGCAAUUCCAAGCUGACAAUGAAGAGUUUGUGAGACUAGUAUCAAAGUCCCAAUUAGAAAUGCCAGGAGGAGAUUCAAUGACCGCCAAUCUCCUUGCAAACCGAGGCACAGACCAAAUGAUGUUCCGUGAAAUCGCCUGGCUUAUUGCAGUUCUGUGUGCAAUAGGCGGGGAAGUGACUUCGUCUGUGCUUCCUGUCUUUGUACUUGCAAUGGCGCUUUAUCCAGCUGUUCAACAGCGCGCGCAAAAAGAAAUCGACAGUGUUGUUGGAAAAGGUCGAUUUCCGACAUUUCAGGACCGAAAUAAGUUGCCCUAUGUUCAGGCAAUUGUGCGCGAAGUUCUGAGAUGGCGUCCAAUAGGACCAAUCGGUUUUCCGAGAUGCUGCCUUCAGGAUGAUUUAUACAAAGGUUAUUUGAUACAGGCAGGUUCUAUCGUUGUGCCGAAUAUAUGGGCCAUGAACCGAGACCCACAUCUAUAUCGCGACUGUGACAAGUUUCAUCCAGAAAGGUUUUUAGAUUUCAAAGGCGACGUCCCAGGGGCACUUGGACAAGGUCACGUUUCGUAUGGCUUUGGAGACCGAAUUUGUAGCGGUAUGCAUAUCGCCGAUGAUGCAUUAUUUAUCAACAUUGCAGCUAUUCUACAUGCCUGUGAUAUCCGAGAAUCUCCGAAUUCACCUUUAGCGAAGGAUGUCUUUGAAGACUUUGGGAUCGUAACGCGGCCUGGACCCUUCCCAUGUCAAAUCACAGCACGCAGUACCAAUAUUUAGACCAAUGUUUUCGACGCUCCCUUUAUAUUUAAAACAUCGAAGCUAUAUUGUGUAUUGGAUCUUAUCUGGACCAUCUUUAUUUGUACUUAGUCAUCGUCAUCUAAUCACCUCUGUAAAGAAAGUCUGUAUAGUUUACGCUACCAAGGUUUCGAGUCCUUGCAUCAAACAUUAUAAGUGACUAAUAAGGGACUAAGCUGGACUAGGA